AUGUGCUUGAGAUGGCCAUCGCUGCUCACCUUCACAUUCCUCAAUCUAAUCCUCCUUACAACCCUUAUUUCCCUCACAAUCGUGUCAUCAACCAAUGAUGGCUUUGUCAUAAUCCCGUCCCGCAAUAAAACCUCGCCUGGCCCCUCGAACAACUCACAUACCCUCAGCAUUCCUUGGGACCUGGGUCUGCUCUGGACGACGUUGCCCAGCUUCGUCAUUUCACUCUUCGGUGCAUACUGGGCAUGGAUUGCUGGCGCCAUUGCAGAGCGCCAACCCUACGUCGAACUACGCAAGGAAGGCGGUGCUGAAGCCAGAUCAUCAAUCAUGCUCGACUAUCGCGUGGUCGCCAGCAUUUGGCGUUGGUGGGGGGCCUUCCGAAGGUCGCAUUACAUGGUUGGUGUAACGACUUUGAUGUCUGUGUUACUCACAUACGCUAUCGCACCUUUGGCUGCUCGGCUAUUCGCGCCAGAAGUCGUGAGAACGAUCAAGACAUCCCCAAUCGUGUAUAAUGAGGUUUUCAAUGAGAACAACAUCAACGCAACGCUCGACUGGCGGCUUGUCCUAGAUACCGUUGCGGCGACGUUAAUCUACCAUGGGAACGGAAUUCCGUGGACAGAUGAUGAGCGUGCUUUUCGCCCGUUCUAUCCCAAGUCAAAUCUUGUUAGAGGAGCAGACAUUUCUACAAACACUACAGCGUACUCGGCUUACCUCAACUGUGUGUUAGUCAAGGACUAUACCAUCACCUCUGAUGGCGGCGUAGUAGAAGUAUCCGGAAAUGACAGAGGGUGCAACUUCCAACAGACCUUUGGGGUCAACAGCUCACAAAGUACCUACUUCAAGACCACGUCGGAGAUAGAUUGUUCUUCAAAAGCACAUUAUAGUCGUUUGGUAUUCACAGCAGCUACAUAUUCAUCUUCAGCAUCCAACAAUCUGGAUGACAUAAGUGUCAUCUCCUGCGCAACAGGAUAUCGCCAGGUUGCAGGAACAUUAAAAGUUACGCCAUCCAGUAGUGCUCCAUUGAUUGGCUCCUUUACCGAAGCUCGCGAGGCGGAUACCGUACAGCCAAAGUUAUGGAGGGUCUUCGAACAGGCCAUUCUAGGACCGGUGUCUUUCAAUCCCCAGGCCAAGUGGUCAACUUCGGACAUGGGUAGCUUAAUAUUGUACUAUGCCCAGCGCCUGCAGCCGUCCAAGCCACUGGCAUCGGACACCUUGAUGUAUGCAGCCUCAAAGGUCUUUACUGCUACUUAUCUGAACGCUGUUGCCAUCCAUGGCUUUGAUUCACUUCUGGAUCCAGUGAUAGGUACUGGGACAGCUCUGAUACCUACGACGCGACUAUUCGUCGUCCCCUGGGUGGCAUAUAUCAUUAUUGCAUUUCUCAUGGUUAUCCUUUGCUCUGUCGUUUCUAUUUAUAUAUACCUCCAACGCAGUCCGUCGAUAAUGACUGAGGAACCGGAAGGUUUACUGUCAAUGGCUGGGAUUCUGUGUAACAGUGAACUCUUUACUAUCGCUUGGAACAUCCUCCAUGAUUCUACGUUUGAUUGCAGUGUGCUAGAGUUGGGAAGAAAACGACCAGAAGUAAUGGAUAGGAAUUGGGGUGCGAGAAAGGAUGCUGAAUCCGACAAUUGGGUCGUAAGAUCAGUUCAAGGUGCUGAUAUGGGGACCACGGAAUGCCUUUUGAGACGAUAA